AUGACGACACCCCAAGAACAGGCCAUCGCCUUCAAGAACGAGGGCAACAAGGCCUUCGCCGCCCACGACUGGCCCAAGGCUAUCGAGUUCUACGACAAGGCCAUUGAGCUGAACGAUAAGGAGCCAACUUUCUGGUCCAACAGAGCCCAGGCCCAUCUCAAGACAGAAGCAUACGGAUAUGCCAUUCGCGAUGCCACAAAAGCCAUUGAGCUCAACCCGGGCUUCGUCAAGGCCUACUACCGCCGCGCUACCGCCUACGCCGCCAUCCUGAACCCCAAGGAAGCCGUCAAGGACUUCAAGACCUGCGUCAAGAUUGCCCCCGAUAACAAGGAUGCCAAGCUCAAGCUUGUCGAGUGCGAGAAGAUUGUGCGCCAGCUCGCCUUCUUCGCCGCUAUCGAAGUCGGCGAUGAGCUGUCCGCCGCCGAGGGUCUCGAUGUCGACUCUAUGGCUGUCGAUGCCGCCUACGACGGCGUGCGCCUGGAAAAGAACGAGAUGACACAAGAGUUUAUCGACGACAUGAUCGAGCGUUUCAAGCACGGCAAACUGAUCCACAAGAAAUACGUCUACCAGAUCAUUAUUGCGGUCAGGAACAUUAUGUACAACGAGCCCACCAUGGUCGAGGUGGACAUCCCCGAGGACGUGCAGUUGACAGUCUGCGGUGAUACCCACGGCCAAUACUUUGAUCUGAUGGAGCUCUUCAGGUUGAACGGUUUCCCUACCGAUAAGCACUACUACCUGUUUAACGGCGAUUUCGUCGACAGAGGCUCGUGGUCGACUGAGAUUGCCCUCCUCCUUUAUGCCUACAAGUGGUUGAGGCCAAACGGUUUGUUCAUCAACCGCGGAAACCACGAGACAGACGACAUGAACAGGGUGUAUGGCUUCGAGGGCGAGUGCAAGCACAAGUACAACGAGAGAACCUACAAGCUCUUCUCCGAGAGCUUCUCGGCCCUCCCGCUCGCCACCUUGAUCGGCUCCAAGUACCUCGUCCUCCACGGCGGUCUAUUCUCGGACGACAACGUCACGCUCGACGACAUCCGCAAGCUCGACCGCCACAAGCAGAAGCAGCCUGGCCAGGCUGGCAAGCGCGGUGUCGGCAUGCAGUUCGGUCCCGACGUUACCAAGCGUUUCUGCGACAAGAACGGCUUGGAGGCCAUCAUCCGCAGUCAUGAGGUCCGCAUGGACGGUUACGAGGAGGAGCACGACGGAAAGUGCAUCACCGUCUUCUCGGCGCCCAAGUACUGCGACAUGACGGAGAACAAGGGCGCUUACAUCAACAUUGGCCCCGAUUACAAGUUGAAGUUCUCGCAGUUCGAGGCCGUACCGCAUCCCAACAUUAAGCCCAUGGCAUACGCACAAAGCUCCGUCAUGUCGUCGCUGAUGUAA